AAUUCAUAUGCAUCUUCCACGUCAGAAAAGUAAAUGAAUGCUUUCUUCUUCCAAUUGGAUCGCCGUACCACACCGUAAAGUGAGUAUGUAGCUCGCCUCACCGGAUAAUUAAUAUGGAGCUCCACAUUUUAUCCGCCAAGCCUCCAUCCCUAUACUUCAUCCCUACUCCUCUCCACCGCCACGUCACCACCGUUGCCGUCAAUUGCCGCCGACUGCCUCAAAAUUCCGGCGAGCCACGUCAUCCUAGGAGGCGAGAUGUGCUCAUUGCUCCAUUUCUCGCCGCCGGAGCUUACGCCUUCCGUUAUUCGGUGGCUAGGGCUGAUGAGAAGCCGGCGUCGGAAGGAGAACCGGCAGCUCCGAAGAGUGAGCUUGAUUCUGCUCCGGCGGAGAAGGAGGAGAUGCUUAACUCGAGGAUAUAUGAUGCGACCGUGAUUGGUGAGCCCAUGGCGCUGGGGAAGGACAGGAAGAAGGUGUGGGAGAAGAUCAUGGAUGCGCGGAUUGUGUAUUUGGGGGAGGCGGAGCAGGUUCCGGUUUCGGAUGAUAGAGAGCUGGAGCUUGAGAUUAUGAAGACUUUGCGGAAGAGAUGCAACGAAGCUGGGCGGUUUUUGUCUUUGGCUUUGGAAGCUUUCCCCUGCAAUUUGCAGGGGCAGCUGGAUCAGUACAUGAAUAAUAGGAUUGAUGGAGAGACCCUAAAAUCUUUUGUCACACAUUGGCCGCCACAGUGUUGGCAGGAGUAUGAGCCUCUGUUGACUUACUGCCGUGAAAAUGGGGUUCAACUUAUUGCAUGUGGCCUGCCGCUAGAGGUGCUACGAACAGUUCAAGCUGAGGGUGUUCAUGGGCUCUCAGAAGGCGAUCGUAAAAAAUAUGCCCCUCCAGCUGGCUCAGGCUUCAUCUCCGGAUUUCCUUCUAUUUCUAGAAGAUCAUCCAAGGAUACUAGUUUUUUCAACCUGUCUGGCCCUUUCGGCCCAAUGUCAUAUCUUUCCAUACAAGCAAGGGCAGUUGAGGACUAUACAAUGUCUCAAAUCAUUUUACAAUCCGUGGGUGGUAUUGGAUCCUCUGGCAUGCUUAUAGUGGUGACAGGUGCUAGCCAUGUCGCAUACGGGUCACGAGGAACGGGCUUACCAGCAAGAAUUUCAAAGAAUAUUCCAAAGAAAAAUCAAGCAGUCAUAUUACUUGAUCCUGAAAGGCAACACAUACGAAGGGAAGGUGAAGUCCCUGUUGCAGAUUUCUUAUGGUAUUCUGCAGCUAGACCUUGCAGUAGAAAUUGCUUUGAUCGUGCUGAAAUUGCUCGAGUCAUGAAUGCAGCAGGCAGAAAUAGAGAUGCCUUACCCCAGGACCUUCAGAAUGGUUUGGAUCUUGGUCUGGUAUCACCAGAAGUGCUUCAGAACUUUUUUGAUCUGGAGCAAUAUCCUAUUAUAUCGGAAUUGACUAAUCGUUUCCAGGGUUUCAGAGAGAGAUUAUUGGCAGAUCCAAAAUUUCUAAAUAGAUUAGCCAUAGAAGAAGCCAUCUCAAUCACAACUACCCUCAUUGCCCAGUAUGAGAGGCGUAAAGAGAAUUUCUUUGAAGAGCUUGAUUAUGUUAUUACAGAUUCACUGAGGGGAAUAGUUGUUGAUUUCUUCACAGUCUGGCUUCCAGCGCCUACACUGUCGUUCCUCUCAAAUGUUGAUGGUAUUAGUGAGCCUGGAAACAUAGAAGCAUUGAAAGAUCUUCUAGGAUCCAUCCCAGAUAAUGCAUUUCAGAAAAAUCUCCCUGGAAAGGACUGGAACCUGAAUCAUAGGAUUGCAUCAGUGCUUAUUGGUGGUUUGAAGCUGGCUGGUGUUGGAUUUAUUUCUAGCAUUGGUGCAGUGGCCUCCUCUAAUAUACUGUAUGCAAUACGGAGGCUUCUUAAUCCAAAAUUUGCAAGUGAGCAACUAAACAAACGAUCGCCUAUACUGAAAACAGCACUUGUGUAUGGAUCGUUUCUGGGAACGUCAGCUAAUCUGCGUUACCAGAUAAUUGCAGGGUUAGUGGAACAUAGGAUUUCCGAACAGCUAUCUGACAAUACAUUACUCGUAAAUAUGAUUUCUUUUGUAGCUCGAACGAUCAACUCAUACUGGGGAACCCAGCAAUGGGUAGAUCUGGCACGAUAUACUGGACUGCAGGCUCGUAAGAGAGAAGUUUCAGAUCCCUCAAAUUCUGCUGCAUUAGAAUGCAACAUCACAGAAGACACCAACACUGACGAGGCAAGCGAACAAUAGAUGAUGGCCAUAUCUUGGUAUUACUAUUUGUUUAUCCUCUUUCUGGCUGUCUCUGAUUUUUUGCAAAACUAUUGUAGUACAUAAGGUAAAACUAUUGUAACAUAACUUAUUGAAAUAAGCUCUUCUGAAGCAUUUCACUUGGUA